CCGACAGAGUGGAUUCAUCAACGGGCGUCUUCUCGCACGCACAGAGAGAGUCUGUUCGACGUCCCAAAUCAUAUCACGCCAUCACAUCACCGAAAACUUCAUCCGGCAUGCACCCGUUCAUCAACAAUUUCAUGACGCGGCGCUGGCCAGAGCCUUCUGGUUGAGACCUGUGCCCUCGUCGGCCUGCUGUAGCUGCGCGCUCUCCCUGACGGCCCGCACAACGAGCGACGGACGAGACGCAGCGCACUCGGGGCACCCACGCCGCUGCACACAAACGGACAUUGACACACACACGUGUGUUGAUGCCUUUCUGUCACGCAAAUGUGAAUGUGUGUGGUUACUUACUUGUGUGAUGUGUUGUGUGGGAGUGAGCGAGAAGUUGCCGUGAGUGGGGCAGCGAAUCGUGACCGGCUUGUCUGGGCCGAGGUACUCGACGCUGUCAUAGCCAUACCUGAUCGACCGACAUGGCACGUGACACACGCCAACAGGCACGACAGACACGGUGUGACGACCAAACACAUGGAUGGAUGGGGGCAGGGGCCUUCACUGCAUUGGUCCGAUUGCUGACCUUCCCCUGUGUAUCCUCUCAGCGUCCUCAACGAAGGCUUUGCCAGCCUUCAAUCAAACACACAGGCCAGGCAGCACAGCACACACAUCCCUGACUGACAGCUGUUCACACAAUCCAAGCCCACCAUGCACUGCCACCUGUUUGAACGCUCCCUCUGCCCUCGCCACCUGCCGCCUCGACGCGUUGCGCCUCGCAAGGCUGGACGCCGCCAAAGCCAGACCGCCGAACACGUCACUCUCACCACCACCAGAGGGCCGAUCGCUGCUGCCACCCUGGUGUGUGGUGGAUGGUGGCCGCCUGCGGUAGACUGAGUACCGCAGCUUGUCCUCACACCUUGGGCACCCCUGACGCUUCUGCACCAGAAAGAGAUCACGGGUGUAUGUGUGUAGGUGUGUGUCCUUCUCUCUCUUUCUCUGUGUGGUUGUGCGUGUGCGUGCCUUGAGGUGUUCGUUGAUGGUGAGGGUGAAUUCCCCGUGCUGCGGGCACACAAUCGUCAGGUAGUCGUUGCCACCUGAGUGAAGGACGGAUGACACACACACACACACACACACACACACAUGGGACAAUAGAGAUGCGGCGGGCCUUUCCGUCCGUGCGUCUGUUCUUACUUGCGUAGUUGACUUUGGAGUAGUCAUAGCGAUUGCCUGCAUCCACACACCCACGGCACACAACACACUACACCCCUAUAUGCAGUGAGUGAGGGCAGCUGACUCUCUGUCUGUCUGUCUGGUCUGUCUGGUCUGUCUGGUCUGUCUGUCUUGUCUGUCUGUCCACCCACCGUGCACCCUUGAGCAGUCAUACAUCAGGUUCUUCCUGCACACACACAGAAAGGCCCACACAGCGACACACGUCGAAUGAAUGCACCUCGCUGCUUCCGUGUUGCAUGCCCCCUGCACACCUGAAAGCGCCAGCAUCCGCCCUCUCCGCCUUGGACAUCCGCAGCGCCCUCAGAGCCCUCACACACUGACUCACAGCAAGGUAAUGGCUGCACGGGCUGCCCGCGGCCUGCGCAUAGCGGCAGGGGUGGUUGCCGAGCGCCCGCAUCAUCAUCAUCACGCAGACUCCAUCAAGUCAACGAGGAGAAGCUGAAAGACAGCAAUUUGAGUCGAGUCAGAGCAACGAAAGAUCAGUCACGCCCGUCACGUGGACGAGCUCAGUGGCGCCAGAGGGAGAG